UUUCAGACAACUAUGAUCCAGCAAAAAGGGCCCUUUGAAACUUGCACUGCAUUUGGAUCAAUUAAUCCAAGAAUUGCUUUCCAUGCCUGCAUAGAAGGAGACAAAACUCCUCCAGAAAUGGCUACAAUAAUGUAUGAUCACGUUCUGGUUAACUAUGGAAAUGGUUACAACAAGCAAACCGGCAUGUUUACUUGUACCAUCCCCGGUGUAUACAUCUUCAACUACUCUCUGCUUCCAAAGACUCAUUCUACUGACACUGUUCUGUGGCUGAUAAAAAAUGGAGACAAAAUGAACUAUAUUCACAGUAUUAGUACUGCAGGGAAUGCCCAAACAGCAUCGCUAAAUGCAGUGCUUCACCUCAGUGCUGGUGAAGCACUGUGGGUACAGUUAGAAAAAGGACAGCCUUGGACUGGGGAUAACUCACUCUGUUUCCAGGGAUAUCAGUUGUUUUCAGACUAAGUACAUUGCAUUGGAUUUUAGUUAUUCAUUUAAUCAUGUGCUGAAGUGAUAGAGGAGAAAAGGUACAUUGUAAUUUUUAAAUUGUAAUGAUUUCUGUUGCUAUUUUUCAAUUUUAAACAGAGUUUUCACUUGUUUUAUGUUCUGCCUUUCUCAUGAGUAGAAGUACAUACACACACAUAAUAUAUAUAUAUAUAUAUAUAUAUAUAUAUA